AUGUCGACAUAUUUAUUGGCUCUUGCUGUUAGCGAUUUCGUAUUCAAAUUUCGUCACUGCCGUAAUAUUGAAAUCCGGGUUUGGUGCCAGCCAGCCAAAGUGGAUAAUGUUGAUUAUGCGCUUCAUAUCGUUUGCCGGCUAUUGAUGUAUUAUGAAAAUUUUUUUUCCAUUCCGUAUCCGCUCAAGAAGCUAGAUGUGUUCGCGGUACCCGAACUGCGCGUUUUGGCAAUGGAAAAUUGGGGCCUGAUUACUGUUCGCCAGAAGCUUGUGGAUUACAAUCAGCGCCUGAAUAGUUUGCGAGAAAGAAGGGUUGUUACCGAUGUUCUUGCACAUGAAAUCGCACAUAUGUGGUUUGGUAAUUUGGCAACAAUGCGUUGGUGGAACGAUUUGUGGCUUAACGAAGGCUUUGCAACAAUGAUGGGACAGAAAGCCGCUGAUUUUGUUGAAAAUACAACACUGCGGAUGUCGCAGUAUUUUGCGGCUGAUAUAACCAUCAAAGCAAUGUCGACGGAUCAGCACACAACAAUGACCCAGCCAAUUAGCUUGAAGGAAAGCAGCCAUCACAUAUUGGGCCAGGACAUCAAAAUACUAUACAACAAG